AUGGAGAGGCAAUUAUGCUGUGACAAAACUGUGAAGAAAGGUCCUUGGACUCCAGAGGAGGACAUCAUUCUUGCUUCUUACAUCCAAGAACAUGGACCUCGCAACUGGAAGUCUGUUCCUGCAAACACUGGACUCUUGAGAUGUAGCAAGAGCUGUAGGCUGAGAUGGACCAACUAUCUGAGGCCAGGAAUCAAGAGAGGCAACUUCACUGAUCAGGAAGAGAAGAUCAUCAUUCAUCUCCAAGCUCUUCUUGGUAACAGAUGGGCAGCAAUAGCUGCUCAUCUCCCUCAGAGAACAGACAAUGACAUCAAGAACCACUGGAACACUCAUCUGAAGAAGAAGUUGAGCAACUUGCAUAGCUACAGUGACCACCAGGCCAUCGUCGCUAAAGGACAGUGGGAGAAGGCGCUGCAGACGGAUGUCCACUUGGCUAAAAGAGCUCUUUCCGAAGCUUUAUCACUUGGCUUGAAGCCAUCCAGCUCAGCUCAAUGCUCUUGCACCAAAUCACCAUUCUCACCAUCCUAUUCCUAUGCAUUUAGCACUGAGAACAUAUCUCGGUUGCUUCAAGGCUGGAUGAAGAAUGACUCAUCAAAGUCUGUUGCUAACAAUGGAGAUGAGAAGAAGCCUGCAGACUCUCCACCACAUGAUCAGCUGCCACUACAAUCACUUGAAACAUGGUUGUUUGAUGAGAUUGCUGGGGAGGUCAUGCAUGAUGAUAUACUUGGAAAUUAAUUGAGUUGUUCUAAAGCUUGUGAUCGAUCGUGAUAAAUAUGAGUGAAGCCAUUAGUAAUUUCUUAAAGUUAAUUUAGGUGUGGACAGUAUGUUCUGCAUGAUAAAUAUUGUCUGUUAUACAUAUAUAUGUAUAUAUAUAUAUAUAUAACACACCAAC